GUUCUCACCGAGCCUUGCACGGCUUCAGGCCGUCUGUAUUCUGACCGUCAAGAUCUUGUACUACUAGCAUCUCCCCAGCAACUCUCCUUGGUAUGAAUAUCAAUUGGGGCGUGGACAUCAUCGACUUUGUGGACAUUCCGAACGCUUUAACUUGCGCUCGGUGCAAGAAGGACGGCCUCAGUAAACAGGACUUGAAGCGGUGUGGUGGUUGUAGAGCAGCGAUGUAUUGUAGUCGGGAUUGCCAAAGGGGGGAUUGGCCCUCGCACAGACCAUUGUGCCGUCCGGGAUCCGUGGACACCGGAGCACAGGCUGUGGGAUAUCGAGCAUCGAUGUCCCUAGCCAACACCGUCAGGGACUGGGCGAACGUUCACAGAGAGACUUUCUCCACGAUCGUGCAUGCCCUCGUCCGCUCCGCCGGCGGUGUCGAACGCGUUCUCAAAGACGAGGAAGGCGUCUUCGUUCACCUAAGGCCUCUACAACGCGUGUUCGACAAUCCGGCCACGGCUUUCGAGAUCACCUCCCUAUCCCUCCUGAAUAAGCACGUCAGAAGCGAACCUAUCUUCGUCCAGUGGGAGGAGCCCCAGAAAUCUUACCGGGAAUCUCUUGCCGCCUCUCAGGCGCGACGGAAUACCAAUUCCAGACUGGCCGGGAUGAUUCCCGUAACAUACGUCGUAGAGGGCACCGAUCUCGUGGUGCACUCACAAGAGACUCUCUAUCGUCCCAACUUCCAUGCCAGCGACUGCCCUGUAGACGAGCUCACCGCGGCGGCGUUCAAGGACAUCUUAUCACUGUGCAUACGAUGUGUCAGUACUGGACUCGUCUUGCGUGCGUCUUUGGGCUCUGACUCGGUGGUGCCCGAUGCUGGAUACAUGGUGCGGCAGAAGAAGACCUGGGAGUGGAAACGUUCGGAGGAUCUCGAGGCUCUCAUGUUGGCUCUCAUCAGCUCGGACGAUGUUUCACGGCACACGAGUCUCUCUAUAAAACAGCUGUGGGCUCUGUGGAAAAUAUGGUAGCUAACCUGGCAUCACGUAGUGUAUCCUUAGUAUCGCGAAUUAACCUGUAACCG